GCACUGGAUUCCUCCUUUCAACAACAAAAACUACUGAAGCACCUGACACGCCGCACCGCACAUCCCAACACACCACGCCGAUCACCAGCGCUUGUGUUGUAGCAAAGGCGUGUCUUUUCCGCUGUUUCUGAUACAUCAUCUAUCUGCGUGCCGAGACCUACCGUUCGUCGCGACGUUGUGAUAUCGAGAAACGUUGCCUGUGUUUACUGUUCACGGACCUCACCGUACGAUUCCUCCCACCCGGACGCUAGUAUUGUUCGGAUCUCCCGAACGCGACAGCAACAACGACAGCCAUUUAAAUCACUCUCGCGCGAUUGGCGACCAAGAAUCUCAGAUCAGAUCAGAUCCAACAAUCAUGUCGCAACAACAAUCAUAUCCUACGGGUACCUUGGCAAACCUGCCCCAACCGCCCUCCAAUCCCGACACCCCGUCUGAGAUGCCUGGCACCCCAACCAGCACCACCACCUCGCUUUCCACCCUCUCCACAACCGCCAUCAAGGAUGGCCACCGCGGCCAUGUCCAUCAUGGUAGCGGACCACAUACAAGUAACCGCUUCAGCGGCGACUACACCCGAUAUUCCCCUUCCAACCCCGAAGCCGAGCGCAACGAUCGCAUAAGCCGUCUCCCGGGCAUGAUGUCCGCCCUGCGCGGUGUCCAGUCUGCCGGCUCUACCGGGACUCCUCAACAAGGCAUGAACAACCCCUCAUAUGGCCAGUCGUCAUUCUACCAGCAGCAGCAGCAACAACAAAUGGAGCAAGGCAACCCCAAUGUACCGGUAACGCCAGCCUACUUUGACGCAGCAGGCCAGCCCAGAGCCGCAACCAAGAUGUCCACGGUCGGCUCCGCCUCGGCCACCGAUUCGGCAUACGAGGGCACCACCACCGCCUCGCUUUCGGUAACCUCGCACACCGGGACUAACACCGAGACCGCCCCCGAUCUUGAUGACGGCGAUGACCAGAGCAUGACCAUGAACCUAGACUCGCGUGACAACGACACGGAUAUGCCGACGACGAGUCGUCCGGCCAGCGGGUACGCCACCGGCCCCGACGCCAUGAUGGAUGAUGAUGAGGAGAACCUGGCUAUUCGGAGUGUUGGCACGUUUGAGGACAGGAUGAGCGACUACGAUGAUGGCCGGGAAAGUUUGGUUGGCUUUGGAGAAGGUGCGGGAAGUACGGUUAGUGGACCGAUAUACCACCGACGUCCGUUGCCUGGACAGAACAUAGCCGGUGGUCCUUCUGGAUGGGGCCUGGAGAGGAGCAGCUCCGGGUUGUCAGAUACGCUCGCUGGCAGCAGUGGUUUUCCCCCGACGAGCAGUGGUAGUGUAGGCAGAGGAGGAGCUGGUGGUGGAGGAAGGGACGUUAUCCGCGACAUCAUCCGUCGGGAAGGUGGUAUGCUCCAGGACCGCGAAUACAGCAUUGGUGGUGGAAACGACUCGACGCCCGCCAACCAAUCGGCCGUGUUUAUUGAGCGCCGUGAUGCCAGAAUGGUGGAUGGCGUCGCCCUUGACCGCGAUCACAACCCGGCUGCUGCUGCUGCUGGUGCCCGCGUCCGGAGCCAGUUUGCGCCGAUGGAUGAGGAUUUUGUCGAUACCACGGCCACCGGCCCCUUGCCUCUUCCGCAGAAUUUUUCUCCUACUUCGGCUGGCCGUCAUUAUCGCGAAGAGAGGCCGAGGUCGAAUCAGCAGCAGCAGCAUCCGUACCCGUUCCAGCAAUAUCAACAUCAUCUCCAGCAACAGCAACGUCAGCAGCAACAAUAUCAACAGCUUCAGCAGCAGCAGCAGCAGCAGCAGCAGCAGCAUAGCCAGACUCAAUCGGAGUUUCAGCUGCGGCCGAUGGAAGUGUCGUCAACGAUGACGCGGCCAACGGGCGAAGCAGAUCCGAGGGAGACGGCGGAGAGGAUGCUGGAGGAUAAUCUGACUGCGCAUGACUGGAAGAAUGUGUGAGAGGCGGAAACAUUGCCAAGGGGACUUGUCUCCCCGAGAGUAAGGGAGUGGGCACAGGUAAGUCCUUGAGAGAGCGUCUCGGUUCUGAAGUUCUGCCGCUCAUGCGUCCUGGCUUUUCGCUCGCUCCUUGUAUCUUCUUUUGAUUUCCUUUGCGCCAAUGUAAAAUGACCUUCGGGAUAAGCUACGGAUGGUAAACAUGGGUCUGGAGGAGCACUGAGGUUGAAAUAUCAAGGGAUGGAUAUACGGUAGGGAACGGAAGGAUGGAUCGUGGGUAACAAGGUUUAUUUUUUUGGUUUGAUGUCGGCAGAUCGGGAUCUGCCCUCGACUAUGGACAGAGUCUGUUGUCAACAAGACGACUGAGCUGAAAAAAAAAGGUUAUAUAUACAAACCAACGGCAUGCUCUUAUAGUAGCGAUGUCGAAGUCGGGCUCAUAUGUUCCAGUUCUGGCUGAUGACGGGACAUCAACAGUUGCUUAUCGCGUAUAUAUACACGUCUCUACGCAGAAAGGGUUCAGGGUUAUUAUCGGAGCUGAAGGUCGACAGUUAUACAUGAUCAAUAUCACAUGUAAUCU